GAAAGCUUCUUCUAUUCCGUCAACAACCAUUUGCUCUAUUGAACAGCUCACUGUCUAUAAAUGACCUCUUUUCAAAUGCUUACGGAAUUGUGACCUUCACUUUAUUUAUGUGAUGAGUUAUGGUCUGCACGGAAUAUUCCAGAAAGGAUUUGUCAUAGUGCUAACUAUCUACGUGAUCGAUUGUAAAAAUACAACCUGCCAUCUUAAAAAUCAUUCAAUUGCUGAAUUGGUGUUAGAAUCUACCGACUUGAUAAUCCACGAAGGAUUGUUGAAAUUAUGCCCGGAAAAUACAUCUCUUCUUUUCGUCACCAGUUAUGUGGUCUCCGGCCCUCGAGUUUUGUCCCCUGGGUUUUUAAGGAGUUCCAUCUUACCCAAACUAAAGGAGCUAUUUAUCAGUGAUAUUUAUUUGGAAAUCCCAAGAACCGAAUCAUUCAACAAUAUUUCUUCUAAUCUAAUAACGUUGUCAAUUACUAAUUGUAGUAUACAAUCACUGCCACGUUUUGGCAUGUUAUUUGGCCUUGCUAGUCUUGAAAUACUUGAUUUAAGUCUCAAUAAGUUGAGUCGAUUGCCUGUUGACACUUUUCAGUAUUCAGAAAAUCUGGCCUUCUUAAAUCUUUCCCACAAUUUAUUAAAUACUUUACCCAGCCUGCCGCAUCCGCUUCAAGUUUCUGUUUCUGACAAUCCUAUCGCGUGUUCCUGUGUUAAUUCUAGGUUGUUAUUAAAAGGCCGCUUCGAUGGUCUUCCUGUUUGUGAUCCAUGGCCCUCACCAUGUGAACCAACGUUGAAUACUGGUUUAUAUAUAAGUCCACCUGGGUUUAACGUUUCGUCAUUUGAUGGUAACUCUUCUGUUUCCGUCUUUACAGGACAACGCCUUUCUUUUAUUUGUAAUGUAAAUUCUGAUUUACCUUAUGAACUUUUUUGGGUCUCGCCUAUUGGUGUAAUUUCCCUUUCCACCAUUAAAUCCGAGGUUAGCACAUAUUCAGUGCAUUACAUCGUUCAACCCAUUUUAGCCCCCACAGUGUUACAGAUAACACAAGUUAAUGACACAAUAAACUCAUUAGAUGUUGAGAACACAAGAGGAUAUUUAAGUGGAAAAUGGUUGUGCGUUGCCCAUUCUUCAGAUGUUACUAGUCAUUCUACACCUAUCAACAUCAAAGUUGUUUCCAGUUUAUACUAUGGACAAAUAUACUACAUGUCGCUUUGCUAUGGGUAUGGUGGAAUGAUCCUGUUAUUGCUAGUUGGUAUAAUCGGGGGUACAAUCAGAUAUUGCAGCGAAACUCAUUGUCUCAGACGUCGUCAACCAUCCUAUGCAUUUAAGGGUAAAACCUAUGUUGGUGUUAUCCCGGUCCCCGAAGUAGAAUGUGUAAAAACUUCGCAAAAUUAUAAAACUAUUGAUAAGAGACUUGAAAUCCCACUGCGAAACCCAGGAUGGACUUAUAAUAGAUAUUUUGGCCCAACUACUCACUGGAAAUGCAACAUGUGCAGGACAGUUCAUUUCGCCGAAAAAGUCCAGGAAAUUGAAGAAGCCGGUUUAUUAUUCGCAGAUAGAAACGUCCCCGUAGGCCAAUUAGCUCCUGAUGGUGAAAUAAUCGUUAUAAAUACUAAUGACUCAAACAUAGAACGUAUUGCUCCAAAUGAUAUUACGCAACCUACUUCAGGUGAUCAUAACUUCGAGUUAAUGGAAACUCACCAGCCGCUUAUGAAUGGUUCUAAUUUGAGAACUGGUGAAGCUAAUAUUCAUCUCAAUCGCCCUCAAAUGUGUAAAUAUGAAGUUUGUGUACGGUCGGGAAAUUGUGUAAUCCGAGUCCGACUGGACACAGAUAAUUCUCAUUCCUUUGACACUUUUUGUGUUCCCUGUCUCCCUCGUCCAGGGAGCGCGGACGUGAAGUUAGUUGUAUCGAACGAAAAGCUUGCACAAGAAUAUCGUGAAGCAUUAGCUAGUUUAGCUCAAGCUGUCGAAAACCCUGAUCCCGCACACUUUCGUGAAAAGCUCGAGGACUUCCGGAGCAGACUUUGUCAUGAUGUUGGUCAUGGGGUCAAAAUUUUGCGCGGUGAAUUUCAGGACCUGAGGGCUAAGUCUGCGAAAAGUGUUGCAUCUCUUCGUAACCAAAGUUCUGUUGCUGCACAGCGCGUGCGAGCAGGGAUCUCUUACGGAGUAGAGCAAAUGAAGGACGGUAUGCGCAGUGUUGCUGAACUUUGUGGGGCUUCAAGGACAAUUGGUCAAACUAUAUCAGUUGUAAGUGUGUAUUUGGAUGAAAAAGAUCAAAUUAAAAGGGAAAAACAUAUUUCUGACUUUGUAUUUUAGUUUUGAUGUUCUGUUUCGUUAUAUUUCUGUUUUUCAAAUACAUAUUUAUAACGCGU